AUGGCGCCCCAACAAAUGCUGUUUUCCGAAAUAUUUGGGUCUGUCCAGUCCUAUUUCAUCCUGGUGAUGUUUGAAGUCUUAUUCCUUGUACUCAAGCCCCAAUCAACCACAGUUCUCUCAAUCAUUGAGGAAACCCACUUAACUGUGUUGCAAAUAAAUUCAUACUUGGAAGUGCAUACAUCAACAUUGGGCCUGAGUUUUGAUGAUGGUUCCUUGUUUGAAUCAUAUUCAAUUUUAAUUGUUGCACAACGUGGCAUCUAUGUAGCAGCAAAUAUAAUAGCAGACACUAUACUUCUGUAUCGCUGCUACUUGGUGUGGGGCUCAAGGAAAUAUGUUACUCCCAGUUUAGCAAUACUUUCUCUGGUGAAUACUGUUGUUGCUGUCUUUGGAGUGGUAUUGGUUGCAAAGAAUGAUCAAGAACAGGUCAUAGUGCAGACUGAGCAUGCCCCAGCAGGACCGGCAAUUAUAUCCUUGAUUUUCCCAUCCAUUAACCUAUUCACCAACCUCGCACUGACAGGCCUCAUUGCGGGAAGAAUGUGGUGGCUAGCCCAUGUUACACAACAGUUGCUGGGAGUUAGCAAGUCUCAUGACAAGAGCAUCAGACAAAUAGUUGCAUUGAUGCUGGAAUCCAGCUCGAUCUAUCCUGUUGCUUUAAUCAUAAGCAUGGUUGUAAACCAACUACUACUGGUAGACACACAACCCUUCCUCACAAUAAUAGUGGGAAUUGUUCCAACCCUCAUGUUAGUUAAAAUAGAACUCAAGAUCGGAAUUGAAGAUGGCUCAGACAAAAAUGUAGCUUCAAACGAUCUUGAAGCCUUGGUACAAACAGUACCUCCAAAUGGUGUUGACACCAUAACACCAUAUUACAUUCAACCCCUACAUAUUUCGGACCAGGAUAAACUGCCCACUGCUACGGAAGAGCAUGUCCGUAUCAGUCCAAGGAAGGUCAAAGCUGGACACAAUGCUUGA